AGCGCAUCUUCCAGACAUCCUUUCAUAAGUGCUCUUCAACGCGCUGCAUAUUUGUGUCCUUGAGGUGGCUGAGCAGCUGUGGUGCUCUUUUCAAUCGCAGAACUUACACUUGGACAUCAAAGAUGAGGUUGGCUGUUCUGGGCGCCACAGGACAAACUGGGCAGCAGCUGGUGACACAGGCACUGCAGCAGGGCCAUUCAGUCACUGCUAUCGUCAGGAAUCUGACCAAGCUCACAGUGGAACACCAGAACCUGAAGGUCGUCGAGGGAAAUAUCUUCUCAGAGGACAGUCUCUCUCCUCACUUCAAGGGGCAAGAUGCUGUCAUUUCCUGCCUUGGCUUUCGUCUCUCGGUCUUCACUUCUGUUUCUGGAUUUUCAGAUUCUAUGAAAGCUACAGUGAAUGCCAUGAAGCAGGCAAAAGUGAACCGAAUAAUUGCAAUGUCGUCUUGGUUCUCUGAGCCUAACUCUAGCACAAACGCAGGCUACAUGGUGCGCUUUCUUAUCCUGCCGAUGAUCCGCAGCUUGAUGAACAAUAUGUACGAGAUGGAAACGGUUCUGUCCAAGACGGAGGAUAUCAACUGGACUGUGGUGAGACCUUCGGGCUUGACGAAUGAGCCAGCUACAGCAAAGGAGUUCCUGACGCACGAAGGAUACUUCGUACCGUACCCCAGUGAGGGCAGACUGGAAACCUCCAUCUCCCGGGCGGACGUCGCCCGAUUCAUGCUCUCGCUGCUCAACAGCAGCGCGUGGGACAGGAAAGGGGUGUCCAUGACGACCAAGUGAACCGCUCCUGGCCUCCCACGAAGGAGCUCGCGCGGCUGGGAAGCGGAGCGGGAGUUACAUAGGGAGUGAAUCAUGGGAGUCAUGUCAAUAUCCCUCAUGCACACCACGGCCGUCUGGAUUGCAUUCUAUUGGAAAUUUUUCCCAGAAAAAAUACUCUAAUUUUUGCUAUAGUCCUGGAUUAAAACGUGAUUUAAAGUUCAUAUAUUUCUAUCCCUUUGGUGGCUUUAGGCUAGGAAAAAACAUUUCAGUAUGUUUCAGCACUGAUAUUGGACUAGACAACAGAAGAAGCCUUAAAACAAAUCAAAUCAAUAAUUAUUGUAUUAAUUAUAGUGGCAUAUACACGGCUUAAAAGUCUGAAUGUAUUGUUGAUGUUUAACAACUUGUAAUAGUAUUGCUUGAAUAUAAUGUUACAUCUUGUCUUGCAUGAACACCAAAGCUAUGCCAACGUAUUUUAAUCCAUCAGUUAACUGAUAGGAUGCAAGGGAUAACAGGCUUUGCAG